AAAUUAAUGGCGAAAUGAAUGAAAAAGAUGCAACAAAAAAUACUUCUCUAUUUCUUGACACGGUAUUCAAAUCAUUCUAUGAGGGAAAAGAAUAUACGGAACAAGAUAUUCGUGACGAAAUGAAUACAAUAGUUAUAGCUGGAAGUGAUACAAGUUCUAUUUCAAUUACUUUUGUGUUGUUAAUGUUAGCUAUUUAUCCAAAAAUUCAAGAACAAGUAUACGAAGAGCUCUAUCAAAUAUAUGGUUCUUCCGAUCCGGUAGAUGAAAAUAUUUCAUAUGAAGAUACUAAGAAUUUAAAAUGUUUGGAAAGAGUAAUCAAAGAGACUUUUCGUCUUUUCCCACCUGCUCCUGUUAUUGGACGAAGUGUAUGUGAAGAUAUACAAGGUAUUCAUACACAUACUGAAUAAAUAUUUGUAUAUACAGGGUGAUUCUUGUAACGGAGGCGGCUAAUAACCUUUUUUUUAAGUAACAAUAGAAAAAAAUCAUAAAGGAAAAACUUAUAUAGCAC